UCAGUUGAAUACAAAAUUUAAAUGUUAUGUGAUGAAUAUUUUAAACACUGAUAUACUAACCAACAUCGUUCGUACAUACACAGUUGUCUCUCCUCAAAAUGGAUACUAAAUACCCACGGAAAGUUAAAGUUUUAGUCAAAAUGCUUUCAAGUUCAAGUUUAAAUCAUUUGAGCAUCAAAGAAAGCGAAAUUCGACCAGCUAUAGUUGAACUUCAACAGGGCCAGGAUCUGCAGUCGAGUGUAUUGAGAGAUUUACUCCGCAUAGAAGAGGACUUCAAUGUUUACUACAGUAUCUGGCUCAAGGAAAUGGAGAUUCAACGUGAGGCGGCCGAUAAACUAUGGCAUUUGACCCAACACUAUUUGAUAUUCAUGCAAUUGGACACGAACUGCAAAUGUCCCCAGAACUAUGCCAUUGAGAGUGAGGAAAUGAUUAUAACCAAAUAUCAUUAUAACUAUCAAGUCAUUAUGAAUUCAAACAAGACAUUGGGCAUUGCAGUUGCCGAAAUACGUCCGGAUCUAUUGGAAUUCCGUAAGACAUGCCAACAAUUGGAUAUGAAGGCGGAGACUCCGUUCAUUAUGGGCGAUACCUUUCACAAGCCAAUUCAGUUUUUUAUCGAUUUGGUUGAGGAACUUUUUAGCUUUUUUCAUGCCGGAUAUUUGAAAUUGGAUUGUGUAUUACGUCAAAUGGAUCCAUUGGAGCUGAGCAGCGUGGAGACCUAUCAAAAGUUGCUUGCUCCUUGCGAAGAAUUCGAGGAGUAUAUGAAACACAAUUUGAGCUAUUGCCGUUGCCUAUGCCUGCCACCGAAAUGCAGGCACUUGUUGCCCAAGGCAAGGCUAACCGAUCCUGUCGAGUAUGCCAGACGGGCCAAGAAGAAACGUUGCGCCCAUCGUUUGGUUCGCAUCAUGAAGAAAGGCAUUGUCGAGGAUGAAAUUGAUUUGCCAAUUACGGGUAGUCACCUGAACCCCGGACUGGCCACCCAAAUGGCACGCCAUGAACAACUAAUGUCCAAUAUAUUUCUGGCAUUCACACCCUCUCAAGCCAAUCGUAGGACUCUUGCCUCACAGAUUCCAGUUCAACAAUAAUCUGCUACAAAUUGCAUUCUUACGUGCAGGCAACUAAAUAUAUAUGUAUAUGUGUAUACCAAAA